AUGGCUAAGGAAGUGAAACCUUUUCUCUACAGGCGACCGCAUCUAUUUGACGGACAGUGCGAACUUUUCACAUGGCUUGAGGAAGCUGAUCAAGAUUGCUUCCAAUAUGUCAUGGAUCUUCGUAUCAAGCUGGUUGACAUCAACCCUGAAACAAUAGUUGGUGUUUUGGGCAAACGACUUCGCGACUCGCAAGUCACUAGAGAGGACCUUCGACCUGGUGAUGAUCCUAGGGGCAAUCCAUAUUACGAAGCCUGCUUUGAGGAAUUGAAAAAACUACAAAAGGCAUUCACAAUGUUGCCGGCGGUCAGAAAUCUCACCAUUGUGGAACAUACACACUUGGAUCCAACACCACCAGCACAAAUGAAUGAUAUGUUUUCGAAAAUGCUGAGUCACUGUUUCCCAGACUUAAGAGAGCUCUCUUGCACGAAGACUAUAUUUCCUAUCAACUGUAUGGGCAACAAGCCAAGGCUACGCCGACUGUCGUUCACCGCCAACAGCAGCAGCAAAGACGAACAGAUUGCAGCAACCGUCAAGGAGUUGCCCAGUCUUCAUCUCGAGCUUCGCCGUAUUGAGAAGAUAGAUCCGGCACAGUUCGACUGGGGAUGUACAAGCGAAGUCUUGGCCAAUAUCCCACCACUUCAAAGCCUUUCACUACUGGAGGAUGUCAGGUCUCAAGACCCCUCCCUCGUGGAAGAAGUUUUCAUUGAAUCUUUUGAUGCUAUGAGAAGACAUUUGAGAUCUACACAGAGCUUGGUCAUCAUCGCUAAUCCGCCAUCGCAAAGCCCAAAAGCUGGCAUAGUGAAGAAGAACCUAUUUCGCUUUCUAGAAGCAUCAAGGCUGCGGCAUGUGGAAGUGAAAGGAACAUACUCCUCCAUCUACCGACAUCUUCCAGCAUCAAUCCAGAAAUUUGUACUUCGACUGGACCGACAAUGCUGUGAGUCUGUCGAGUCCGAAGAGCUGUUCUCCGACGUAGUGGAAGACUUCAUGAGUCAUGUCAAAUUUAGAGCAAUCGACACGCAGAAUGAUCCAAACAUCCCAGGACUGAUAAAUCUGACAGAGAUUGAAAUCUGGAUUCAUGGACAUCCACAGCUACUAGAACCAGAUGACGAUGACGAGAAUCCGAGGCUUCUUGCGGAAAAAAUUAAGAUGCAAUUGCGAAAGAUUGGGAUUCAUUUCAAGCUCGUCAUCACCCCUCCAAACAGACACUUCUCCGAAAGUAUCUCAGCUGGUAAUUAA